AUGGAAUGCAAAAGCAUAAAAAAGCAAUCGGUGGAAUUCAAGGCUCUGGCACACCAGAAAACAGAAGUGAAAGCGAAACCAUACAAAUGCAUAUAUUGUGGGAAAAUCUUCAUCAACACAUCUCGCCUGCUUCUUCACAUUAGGACCCACACAGGAGAAAAACCAUAUGAGUGCUUCGAAUGUGGGAAAAGCUUCAGGUACAAACACCACCUUGUUAUGCACAAGAGGUCCCACACUGGGGAGAAACCGUUCAGAUGUUCAGACUGUGGCCAUUAUUUCACCUACAGCUCGGACUUUAAAAUUCACAGAAGAAAACACACAGGAGAGAGACCGUACCUACGCUCAUACUGUGGAGAAAACUUCAUUAAAAGGUCAGUCCUCCUUCUGCACAUGAGAACGCACACAGGAGAGAAACCAUAUAAAUGCUCAGCUUGUGACAAAAGCUUCAGUCAGAAAAUUCAUCUUGUUAAACACCAGAGUAUCCACAAGGGGAAGAAACCUUAUAAACUCUUGGACUGUAAUAAAAGCUUUAGCCGCAAAGAAUCCCAUGAUGACUACCAGAACACCCAUACACGACAGAAACCAAAUGAAAGCCCUGAAUGUGAGGAAAUCUUCCAUAAUUUAGGAACUUCUUUAAUGCACGAGGGAACUCAUGUUGGCGAGGACAUAUAUGGCUCUUUGACCUGUGGCAAAGGUUUCUGUGAAAAGGAAACACAUACAGAAGACAGGCUGGACAAACAUCUGCACUGUGAGAAAAGUUUCUGUGGUAACAAUGCCCUAACUGAACAUGAGGAGACUCGUACAGAGGAGACGGUGAGCAGGUGCACCCAGUGUGGGAAAACAUUCAGCAGUGGCCCAAACCUUAUAAGACAUCAAAGUCUGCACACUGGAGAAAAGCCUUACGAUUGCUCACAGUGCGGGAAGAGAUUCUCUCAGACUUCUUCCCUUCUGAGGCAUGAGAUCAUCCACACAGGAGAAAAACCACAUAAGUGUUUCACCUGUACCAAGAGCUUCAAUCGGAAGGAAUCACUUACAGAACACAAGCGGAUUCAUUCGGGAGAGAAGCCCUAUGAAUGUUCUGAGUGUGACAAAAGAUUCUCUCGUUCCUACAGGCUUCGUAAACAUCUGGGCCUCCACUCAGGAAUGAAGCCGUAA